GUGCCACUACUGUGAGCGAAGAGGAUACUGAAGAAAAAGUGAAACAAAAAUGAGAAUGAGUUAAUGACAACAAAAGCGAAUACUCCUGCACUUUUAAUACUCAAUUUGAAAUUUGGCCAACAUUCAGAUCUAUUCCCUUUGGAGUUUUCUGAAGAUAGCCAUUUCUAAAAUCCCUCACGAACAUGCCUCCUACAGACAAUGAUUUCGAUCUCAGACGCACAUCUACUCCUCCUAGCGGCAUGGGAAUCAGUGAGUAUAAUUUUGCAGAUAUAAACAAUUUGGAGCACUGUGCUAAGUAUCUCAACCAAACUCUGGUCACCUUUGGAUUCCCUGCUUCCCUCGAUCUCUUUGCCCAUGACCCUGUUUCUAUAGCAAGGACUUGCAACUGUGUAUAUGCACUAUUGCAGCAGAGGCAGAGGGAUAUUGAAUUCAGAGUGUCUGCAAAUGAGCAGAGACAACGGCUGUUAUCAGACAUAUCAAGAUUAGAGGCCAAAGUGGAGAGGCUGGAAUCUCAAAUACAAGCCAAAGAUAGAGAGAUAGCUACAAUUACUAGAGAGGAAGCUAAAGCUACAGCAGCUUUGAAGGCACAAAUUGACAAAUUGCAGAAGGAAAGAGAUGAGUUUCAGAGGAUGGUUCUUGGUAAUCAGCAAGUCAGAACUCAGCAGAUAUAUGAAAUGAAGAAAAAGGAAAAGGAGUAUAUAAAGUUGCAAGAGAGGCUAAAUCAAGUGUUGAUGGAGAAAAAGAAGGAAUCCAGAUCAGGCAUGGAAAUAAUGAAUUUACUUCAGAAAGAAGGGCGUCAACGUGGGACAUGGAAUGGGAAGAAGGCUGACAAUGACUUCUACAAGAAGAUUGUGGAUGCUUAUGAAGCAAAAAAUCAAGAACUAGCUGCUGAAAAUGCCGAUUUGAGGGCAUUAUUGCGAUCAAUGCAGGGUGACAUGCGUGAGUUCUUAAAUGCCCCAAAUGGUUCUUCUAGGCAGUCAGCAACAAGCAAUGACAGGCUAGAUGCAGAUCACUUGCAGUCUGCGUUAGGUGGCAGAACGGACGUUUUUGAUCUGCCUCUCCACAUGGCUCGGGAUCAAAUUGAGGAAAGUCUGCGAAACAAGAUGGCUUCUAUCAAGGAGCGAAUGGGUCAACUACAAGAUGCACAAAAGGGCGCAGAAGUUUCCUCAGAAGUAACAGAGAGAGAGCUUGAGCUAGAAGCUCAGCUUGUUGAGGCCAGGAGCAUAAUCCAAGAGCAGGCAUCGAUUAUGUCCAAACAUCUUACCAAGUCUGAGAAGCCAAGGCGAUUGAGUGGCCAUAUGAAUUCUGAGAGGGACCUACUCAUUUCGAGCCCAACUGAGGUAUCAACAGUGAAAUUUUGCUUUAGCUUCUCAUGUCAAUGACUGUUUUAGCUAUUGCAAUGCUAAUUGUGUUUUUAUUUGUGAAUUGCUGUCUUUAAACUGAACAUGGUUAUGGACUUAUGGUCACAAUGAAACUAGAGACUAAAAUAGUCAUAUAUAUAUGUGUAUGUGAGAGAGAGAUUGUACGAAUGCACGUAUAAGAAUUUGGAUGUAUGGUAUUGGAAUUUGGUUUGAUAAUUUACCUUGUUAGCAUGUGACAAGGAAAAAGUACUAGGAAGGAGUUGGGGCAUGUGACAUCUCAUGGGAGUCAUUUUGAUCCUAAAGAAAAUUGGCAAUGGAAGGCCAUUGCCAAUCCAGGACUUCCUGGGUGCAGUUAGUGGUAAGAUCAUAAAGUCUUGAUGCAACUUUGUGGUUCAUUUGGAUUGUGGAGGUUUGGUUGGGAUUUAGGACUCUUCAAAUCAAGGCUGCUAAGUUGUUGUGGAUAUGUGUAUAAAUCACAUAGAAGUGAGGUAGAAGAAGAAAGAACAAAGUAAACACCUUAAAAGCUAUACUGUAUUUUAGGAUCCUCACCUAGAAAAGUUGUAGUUCGUUUUUGUAAGGAAAAUCAGUAUGUGAUUUUGUAGUGUUAUAAAGUUAGGAUUUAAUUGAGGAUAACUAGUAAAGAAGGAAACUCACAAGGACAUUCUGCCAGAGGAAGUGCUAUGUUUUUAAAAUCAUAUGUGGCCAUAUAAGUGAAUAUGUGAAAAGUUUAGGGGAGGGAAGAAAAUGCUGGAAACAUUGUACAAUCGUACAAAACAGCCUGUGAUCUUCUGUGAUCAAUUAAUAACCCUAAGCUGUGAUUCGCAGAGAGUAUCUCUGGAAUAAACUUUGUGAGUGUCUAUUCGAUGGUACGUGUUUUAUUUCUACUGCAAGAAAUUUAGUGCAAAGGAGUCGAAUCUCGAUACACUCACAAUUAUGCGUUGGAUUUGGAUCCCCCAUAAAUGGAGCCUUUUCCAUUACCUCUCUAAAUAAGUGAAGUAAUCUUUGAUAAAACUAAUGGUUCAACGUUUGCACCUCUACCUUCAACUAAUCAAAUCAUGGGACUGCAGAGUAUGCGUUAGUGAUUGAAGGUGUUGGUUUAUGUUUAGUCAACAAUGACAUGCCAAUUGGAAGAGUUGGUGGAAAGAGUUG